AAACAUAAUUACGCAAUCACACCCCCUUUCAUCUAUUUUCCCUAGAAUGUCGUGCCUUUUUUUUUUUCUUCUUCUUGUUUUCUUAUUGGCCUCCACCAUAAUUUCUAGGGUUUAGCACACAGGCGAUCAUCGAUCAAAAUGGAUUGGGGCAAUGUAACCGGAGAAGAUCUGAUCGAGGCCCUCCGCGAGGUCGACUGGUCAUCGCCUCCUCGGCCACUCUCUGAAUUCUUCUCCAGGUUCACCGUCCCCCGAUCCUAUUCCAAAUGGGACAGUCGCCUCAAGUGCAAUCUCUACUAGUACGAAUUCUCCAAUUCAUGCGCUGUGUAUAUGUGUGUGUGUGUGUGGAAAUCGUGUUUGAAAUAAUCGGUUUUGCUGUUUAUGACUGUAUUUGUAUGCUCUGUUUGUCUGCUGAGAAUUAGAGGAGGAAACGAACAACGCGCGAACAAUUCGAAUUCUUAUCUUUUCCGUGAUAUGAAACUAUAUCAACUCAACUAUAGGACGAAUUAUUUUAUCUUGAUUGUAUUCAUUCUUGGAAUGGCUUUUUUGAGAAGGCCCCUUGCUAUUGUUGCUGCACUAUUGACAGCUCUAAGCAUCACAUUUCUAAAUGACAGCUUUGCAGGUACUUUUAGUGAAAAGGUAACAAGAAGUGUGAGGCAGUUUUCUCCACAUUUAGCUGCAAAAAUGAGGCCCCCACUUACGCCUGUUAUCCGUCGGCGUCCAUCAGCUAAAAGGGAGAUUUACAUAUGUGGACAGCCUCGUUGGGUGUUUGUUUUGGUAUUCUCUGCUGUGAGUUUCAUUCUUUGGUUUGUUUCUUGUGGCCUCUUAACUGUUCUAUGGGCAUUUGCCAUUGGCCUUCUUGUCACUAUCAUCCAUGCAAGCUUUAGAACACCUAACUUGAAAGCUCGUCUGAACACAUUCCGUGAGGAAUUCCGUGCAGUUUGGCGCAAUUAUAGUGAGCUGUAGCUUGUUUAAAUUUUGUUUGCACGCGUUUUUGCUUCUCUGUUUCGGGGCAUCCCGACAGUUGUAAAGAGAAUGCAGUGCGUUCUUAUAAAUUUGGGCCUCCUAUUCUGCUGCUGUGGAAUAAUUACAUUAUCCGGCUACUGAAUUCUAAAGUUCUGGCUGCUAAUAUUUGCAGAUUAAUGGCGGAUUGUACAUUGUCUCGAACUCAUGUUUCAGUUAAGCACUGUGUAUUUAUGAUGCAUAUUUUAAGAAUUCUCUGGGAUGUCUACAAGGCAGUUGCUAAAAGAUUUCUUAGUUUUAUGACCUGCAUGAAAAUCCCUUCUUAGUGUAUUUUGGAGAAUCGUGGAAACAUUCUCAGUAGUUUGUAUCUUGUGCCAGUGACUAUCUUGUUAAUUCGUUCGUCAAUCGAAUGCACACAAUAUACCUCUGGUAUUUGAUG